AAUUAGAAACUUGUGUUCGUCUUUUGAACCACAUAAAUAAUGACUGGCAUGGAAGCCACUGCUGUUACUUUACAGUGAAGUUGAUGUAAAACUGUGCCAGCUGCAGUCGAGUGUCCGUGACUAAAUGUCUGUGAGACGGGCUCUGGUGGACUGUGCUGUGCUGUCUCUGCAGGACUCCUGUGUGUUUUAUCCGUGUUGUAAACGCUGCUUCUCAAGGAUUGAUGUUCAACAGCAGGACACCAAGAGAUACAGAUGUUCCAAGUGUGGUUACAGCUGUCUGAGGGAGCAGGUGGACUACAGGUACCGUCUGUCUCUGAGGGUGACCCGGGACAACACUGUAUUUGGAGUAACCGUAUUUGGCAACAGCUUGAACCCAUUUUUUGGCAUUCAUGCAAGUGGUUUACAGAGGUUGGUGGAGAACUUAGACAGACCAGCUGACCCAUCAACCAGAUCCGCUUUGUUGGUGAAGGCUGUCAAAGACUGUUUUAUUGGCAGACAUUUUAUCUUUGGAAUACAGGUGGCAGAAACAGAAAGUGGGCCAUGGUUAGGAGGGCAUGCUCUGAAUGGCUCCAACAAUACAGACCCAGCCCAAUUCAUUGCUAGUCAGAUGAUUCUCCCAAAAGCUACAGGUCUGGGAGGCUGCUCAGUAGUUAGUUAUUAUCGGAUCCUUCUUCAGAAAGCUGCUGAAUAUGAGCAAGAAACCGCUGAUCCCAGCAUAACCUACAGACCCCCAUCAGCGACCCCCUUGAUGAUUCCUCAUCAUUCUUCAACCAGCAGUUUCAAUAAUGCCACACUCUCUGACUCAGGUCUACUUUUCUGGUCACUGCAAAGAUCACAGCACCAAGACUGCACCCUUAAUCCCACCCCACCAUGGGAUCAAUCACUAGGACUAGUUACUUCAUCAGCAGAGCAGGAGGAAGGCUGCAGUACUCAGGAGAGUGGAGAUGAGAGCAGCAAACAAAUAGACAACACAAAAAGACCACGUCAUGCACAGAGAGGCUGCCUGGAUAAUUAUAAUAUCAAAGAAGGAAAAGUGGCAUCAUCACUUCUUUCUUUAGACAGCAGUUAUUGCAACAGUCAAUCAUUUGCCAAAUGCUCAUACUCAUCUAUUGAAAAUGCUGUUGGAAACACCCCCAUACUGAACACUUGUUUCAGUCCCUCCCCAGUAAGCCACAAAAAGGAUCUAGCACUCAGCUCCGAGGCGAAGCAAUUUUCUACUGACACACUCACCAAAACAUUUUUGUCAGGCUCUGUGGCUUGGGAGGAUUUACCUUUUUCUGAGAGCCUCUCAGAGUUCUUGUGUGAGGAAAACAAAGAUUUUGACAGAGUUAGUGAAACCCAUGUGCCUCUAAAUGAGAAAUGUCAAAGAGAAACAACAAGAAACAACCUGAGCUCAGGAACUCAAGACAAGAACUCAUCAAUUGAAUCAAUUUCUGUUUGCCGGAGUAACACAGAUAUGACAGAAAGUCCCUCACGACCAGUACUGGAUAUCACUAAUACAACUGCACAGAGUAACAGAAGUGACAGACAUGAUUUAUCUGACCGGGCAUAUCGGGACCAAGCCAGCAACUUUUGUUCUGAUAAGUGUAAUCAGGAGGACGAGAAACCCAUUUCUCUUUUUCUUGAAAACAAUAAAGAGGAGCAGUUUGAAGGGGAUGUUUACAACUGUUCAGCAGACCUAUUCAGUAGCUCACUAACAGAUCCGAACACAACAAUGCUUAAUAUGCAUUCAGAAACUGUCAGGACAACCACAGAAGCGUGCACACCUGUUUGUUGGUCAGAUAAACAGUCCCUGAGAAGUGAAAGGUGGGCUAAAGGCCAACAUUCAACACCAGAAAAGCAGGAACUAAAGAGCAACAAAUGUGUCAGCAGAGAUAGUUAUCAUAGUUUAAUUUCACAAGACAGUCAAGAUCAGAACAGGGAUAAAACAGCCACUGCAGAUAUGAUCCAGUGUGAGUAUUCACAGACUCUUGACUUCAUCCCUUCCUCUCAGUCCACCCCCAUUGUAAAAGUACCUGUUGGGUCAGGAUCACCUACCUCUUUGCACAGCACCUGGAAAUUAGGUGGAUUUAGUUCACAAACUGAUGGGCGAGAUUCUUCUUUGCUUUCCAGAAAUCUGCCUGAAUUGGUCAGUAAAAAGCCAGCCAAGAUCUUGUCUUUUCCUCAUAAAUUAAACAGUGUCAGUGCUGACCAGCUGCAACAGCAUGGCAGAGAGUCUACAAAAGAAAACUUGGUAUGUGGCAUGACACCCAGCAGACAAAGUCACAGAUUCACCCAAAAAAGGAGGUUCUGGAAACCUGACAAGCAGAAACACCAUCUGCUGGCCCCGCAGCACCCGAGGAUCCAGAGAGGGGCUUUAAACAUGGCGUCAAGAGGAAAAACAAACCACAAAUGUGACUCAAGUGUUUGUGAUUUGACUGUAGGUGAUUAUGAGGGCGAUGACAUAAUUGUUCCUCCUACUCCUGCUGCUAAAACACUACAGAGCAUGAAUCCCAGAAGAAGGCACACUGAUAACAACAGCAGUAAUUUGGGUUGUAUGUUGGAGGGGCAGCAGGCAGAUGAAGUUAGCUGUAAAAGAACUCUGUUGGACCAAACUGUCAUGUCCUCAUCUUCAGAUCCAGCACAAACAGGUGUUUAUAGUCAGCCUUGUGACAGUGAGGCAGAAGGGUGUGAUAAAAUCAUAAGAGUUGAUGAAAAGAAUUUGGAUGGAUCUCAUGGUUACCUGCUUGAUGAUGAGAAUGAGGCAUGUGAUUGGUCCAGAGAUCUGUUCUCUGACUCUCUGACAUAGUGAUAAGCCCUACGUUUGUGUUGAGUACUACU